GUCCCUUGUGGUUUCUUCUUGCACUUUUGGCGAUGUUCCCUCUGUUUAGGAGGGCCUUGAGCCGUUUAAGAGUUCGCAGCUUUCAGCAAACUGUUGAAAGGCAGAACCACCAGGACAGGAUGCCUAAUUUUCAUGAUAAGUAUGGCACCCUAAUAUUACUGAGUGGAGCCACUUUCUGUCUUGCCAUUUGGGCAUACACAGCAACUCAAAUUGGAAUCGAAUGGAACCCAUCUCCUGUUGGCAGAAUCGCCCCAAAAGAUUGGAGAAGCCAGUAAAGGAGAAAUGAUUCCCUGUCGUCAAAACUGGCGUCAUUCUGGAAUUUUCCAGAAUUACUAUUCGAAGUAAAGGUAGUUUGUUAUCAAGUGUCACAU